UUUCUAGACAUUUCCAACAAUCGUAUAUCACGACUAAACAAUUUUAGUUUUUAUGGAUUGGACACUUUGAUCACACUGAACCUUCACAGCAACAAUAUUAAAAGCCUCGUGUUGAGUAACUGUCAAAUCAGAAAAAUUGAUAGUUUUGCCUUCAGCAUGUUUUCAAAAUUAAAAUUUCUCGAUCUCGCUGGUAACAGGAAACUUGGAUUUGAUGCCGCAACGUUGCCUUUAAUAAAUUUAAACAGUAAAGCUUUCCGCAUUCUCAAUAUAAGUUCCAUUUAUGAAAACUUUGCUCUUGGGACUGAAGUAACUGGCAAGCACGUAUCUAGAUUUCAUCACCUUAAUAUCACGGAACUUUAUGUAGAUCAGAACAGGAUUCAACGCUUUGACGAACUAAUUCUUAAUUACUUACCUGCUACCAUUAGAAUAACAAGUCUUAGGGAUAAUUUACCGACGUUUGGGAUAUAUGUCUUUACCUUUGCUUCUGACACGAAUGGAAGUAUAUUUAAACCAUUAACCAAGCUAGAAAUAUUGGAUAUAUCAGACAAUCAUAUAACGGUUCUACCUUCGGUAUUUCUACACGAGCAAAUAAAAUUAAAGAAUUUAGAUUUAUCCAAUAACAGAAUGAAGCAAUGGUCGUUGGAUAUUGAUCACAUGACCAACUUAACAUUCCUCGAUCUUAGCUACAACAGUUUAUCUACACUUCCACUGUCUUUAAGAAAAUUUGGAGCCAUAUUGUUAAAUCUAGACAAGGAAUGUGCUUCGUGGACAGUCAUGAUUGUUGUUUUAACCAGUAGCAUUGUGGUGAUUAUGGCGGUUAUCAUGUCGAGCCUAAUAUAUAGAUACCGCUGGAAACUCCGAUAUUUUUAUUACGUAAGACGUAACAUAUACCGUCAAUAUACUGCUCUUGGUAAUGAUAUUCAGAACAAGUUUGACUUCGAUGCCUUCGUUUCGUACGCAGAUGAAGACCGCCAGAUUGUCGUUACUGACAUGAUUGAAAAGCUAGAAAGGCAACAAGGGAUGCAACUCUGUAUUCACCACCGGGAUUUCUUGGUAGGGGAGGUAAUUGCUGCUAAUAUAUCCAACGCUGUGAGAAACAGUAAGAAAACUCUGAUUGUGUUGACGAAGAAUUUCCGCAAGAGUUAUUGGUGCAUCUAUGAACUGAAUAUGGCUUUAAUAGAAGGUAUUAGUACCGGUAGAACUGUUGUAAUUGUUAUAAUAUAUGAACGUAUUCCAGUUAAAGAUCUACCUCAUGAGCUUGUUCAGCUAAUGAGAAAUGAUUCGUAUGUAGAAUAUACUGAUGAUCCUUAGGGUAAUCUUGUCUUUUGGGACAAUCUUACAAAAGCAAUUAAUGCAGAUUAA